AUGGAUCGGUCCGAGGCGACGCAAAGAUCUAAAGAGGACAAGCCGUCUAAGAUCGACGAAGCUGACUCCGCAGAAGCACCAGUCUACUAUCACGAGAGUGAAGGUUUGUUUGCCGAAGACAUCGAGCAACACCUGGCGGUGUUACCAGAGAUGUCCACUGCUACGGAAGAAGUGACAAUUAACGACAUUCAGAUCGGCGAUCCGGACGUUCCUCUCACCGCAGAUCAACAAAGACUCAGAUCGCUGAUUUGGAGGAGCCGUCACCUUCUUAUGGGGAAGGGCAAUGCUCUACCACCAGCGGCACGAUGGACGAUUUGUGAUAUCGAUGUCGGUGGAGCCGCACCAAUUGCGCAAAGAGUCCGUCCGGUCGCACCCGAACAUCGGGAGAAGCUGUCAGAUCUCAUCAAAGGACUGUUGGCAGACAAGAUCGUUCAGCCAUCCACGUCAACUUGGGCGUCUCCGAUAGUGGUGAUCAUCAAGAAGGACGGAGUGGAUGUUAGCCUUUGCAUUGAUUAUCGAAGAGUGAACCAGCUGACGUGA